AUGACCACAGCGCGGAAGCACGUCGUCUUCGAUGUCGUCGGCACAUGUGUCUCUUUCGACGCCUAUUUCAACGCCAUCGACCGAGUCCUAGGUGACCGCCUGCGCGCCAACAACAUCACGCCUCAAUUCUUUGGCUAUAGUUGGAUGACGGCCGCUGAGCUGGAGUUCACAUUUCUGUCCAUAUCAGAGCGACAUCGGCCCUACAAGCACAUCCUCGAGGCGGUCUUCUAUCGAACUCUUCAUAUGGCAGGGGUCAAAGACCCCCGAGCGCUAGCUACCGAGACCGAGCGCGACGAGUGUAUCCAGGGGUACUGGAGUCUGCAGCUCCGACCUGGGAUCAGCGAGUGCUUUGCGAAAUUAAGGGAGUCGGGGUUCGCCAUCUGGUGUCUCACGACAGGCGACAUCGCACGAGUGAAGGGGUAUUUUGAGCGAGGAGGCGUGGACUUGCCAGCAGAGAAUAUCAUCAGCUGCGACAGCAAGGGGGUAGCCAAGCCAGCACUGGAUGCAUACCGACCAGUGUUCGAGCAGUUUGCGCCUCGCGACGAGAAGUGGUUCGCUGCAGCGCAUAUGUGGGAUGUCUCGGCAGCAGUCAAAGUUGGAUUUCGAGGGGCUUAUUGUACAGUCUACGAGCAGGAUCCGUGUCUGGUGAUCUUUGAUACUAAGAUGGAUGUUAUUGCAGAUAGUCUGGUGGAUAUGGCGGAAGAAAUUGUCAAGGCCUCUGCGUCAUGA